AUCCUUAGUAGAAGAAAUUGAAGUCAUUGCAAAUCAGUCCUGUGCUAGCCAGCUGUGAGGGUUCUAUUUAAAGAUGACCUUCCCGCCGCAUGUUGAAGUAAUGAGGUUGGCCCUGUUCAACAAGCGGCAGACAGCAUCAAUCUAUCUCAGUCUACCAAGCCAACAUGAACAUUCGCGUCCUUCCUGUAACAUCUCAAUCCGUCCCCAACAUGACCACCAUGACCCCAGAGGUUGCUGUUGCAAUGGAGAAAGCCAUCAGCAAUGCCAAAACCUUGUUGAGAGAGGUAAACUUAGACGUGAGUCGUCCCAAUGACCGCCGUUUGAGGCCAACCAGUGGAGGCACAACUACGACCGCAGAUGGUGUAUUUUAGCUAAUUAUGGUUUCGAAAUUGUAGAUAUUCCACCAUCCUGAACUCAACUACGAAGAGUUCCACGCGCACGACGCCCUCAUCAAGGCACUGGAGAGGCUUGGCUUCAAAGUCACCCCUCACGCAUACGGCAUUCCUACAUCUCUGGAGACCGAAUUCGGAGAAGGCGGUCGUCUGGUCGUCUUCAACGCCGAGUACGACGCGCUCCCUGAAAUCGGCCACGCAUGCGGCCAUAACCUCAUCGCAACCGCAUCCCUAGCGGGCUUCCUCG